AUGUCAGUGCUUCUGGAAACCAGCUCUGGCGAUAUCGUGAUUGACCUGCUGGUCGAUUACGCGCCAAAGCUUUGCGAAAACUUCCUGAAGCUUUGCAAAGUCAAAUAUUACAACUUUUCACCAGUCCACUCUGUUCAGAAGAACUUUUCCUUCCAGACCGGCGAUCCUCUCGGACCCUUAUCGAAACAGUCCGAUGGAGGCACCUCUAUUUGGGGCCUGCUGUCGGGCGACAGCUCCAAGAAGAUGUUCCCGGCCUUCUUCCACCCGAAAUUGAAGCAUCUCGAGCGAGGCACCGUCAGCAUGGCGACGGCGCCCCAGGAUUCCGACCCGGAUACGCGCGUGGCGGCUUCUCAGUUCAUCAUCACCUUGGGCGAUGAGACGGACUACUUGGACGGCAAGGCCGCUGUCUUUGGCAAGGUCGUGGAGGGCCUCGACGUGUUGGAGAAGAUCAACGAGGCCAUCGUAGACGACAAGGGGCACCCCCUUAUCGACAUUCGAAUCAAGCACACCAUCGUUCUCGAUGACCCGUACCCCGAUCCCCCCGAGCUGCGAGAGCCCAGCGCCUCGCCUCCUCCGACCAAGUCACAACUCGAUACUGUUCGGAUCGCGGACGAGGCUGCGCUACACGAAGACGAUGAUCUAGAUGAGGAGGCGAUCGAGAAGCGGCGGAGGGACCGCGAGGCACGGGCCCAGGCUCUCACUCUGGAAAUGAUGGGUGACCUGCCGUUUGCCGAGGUCGCUCCCCCUGAAAACGUCCUAUUCGUCUGCAAGCUCAACCCCGUCACGACGGACACCGAUCUGGAGCUCAUCUUUGGCCGAUUCGGCAAGAUUCUGAGUUGCGAGGUCAUUCGUGAUGCCAAGACAGGCGACAGUCUCCAGUAUGCCUUUAUCGAAUAUGCUGACAAGGCGUCCUGCGAGGCUGCCUAUGCCAAGAUGCAGGAUGUCCUGAUUGACGAUCGGCGUAUCCACGUGGACUUCUCGCAGAGUGUGAGCAAGCUGCAACAGGUCUGGAGAGACGAUACAAACCAGAAGCGCAGAAAACACGCGUCCAGGGGUGGAUUCGGAGGUGUUGACGAGCUCGAAAAGAGGCGGCAAUACCGUGACGAAUACGAGCGAAAUGGAGACGAUUACGAUCUGGUGUACGGGGACGAGGAGAUGAAGGGUCGCCACCAGCGCGCCAAAGACCGUCGUCCCGAGUCAGAUAAGCAGCAGCAGCCUGAGCAAGACAGAGAUCAACGGGAAAGAGAUCGACCCAGAUCGGAACAGGUGCGGAGACGCAGUCGAAGCCCUGGACGCUCAAGGGCCAUGGAUAGGGACAGAAGAGGAGAUGGAGAUCGAUACCGAUCCGAUGAUCGCGGUUCCGGCCGACGGCACGAUCAAUACGAACGGCGACGUGACGAUAGGGAUUCGGGUCGCAGAGACCGCAGAGACUGGGACAAUCGGAAUCGAGGUAGGGAUCGAGACUCGGACAGACGAAGAUAG